CCAAGUUGCGCCAUGGUUCAAGAUGGGUUGGGCACCAUCAACCCGCGGGGUUGCGGGAACCAUUACCCACACCGGAGAAGCAAAGAGGAAGCAUUUCUAGGGACUUUGUCGCGUAUUUGCCCAAGUCCAAGAGGUGUGGGGACAUUAGGGCCAUGGGUCAACAAGGACCAAGGCCGUCUGCAUCAAAGUUUGCCAAGGAAUGGCAUGGAAAAGCCGACGGGGCCAGAGCAUACUUAGCAAAGUCCACGAAGGAAAAGAAGAAGUGGGCCAAUGCCAAGCGGAGGAAAUUGAGGCUCGCAGAAGAGAGCCACAGUCGAGUCGUCCCGAGAAGAGGCUUACAAGAAGACCACGACGAGGACAUCGUGAGAUUGAGCGGGGGAGAAUGUGACGACUCUCCCAAAUAUCGAAGUAUGUCGCGGCAUAGCAGGCACUUCGGGCCGCGGCAUGGCAGGCAAGUGCCCCGCGGCAUGGAAGGCAAGUACGCUGCGGCGUGGCAAAGUGAUACGCCGCGGCAUGGCAGGGUUACGCCGCAGCAUGUGGGGGCAAAGGACAAGCUGGAGUCUAGAGAUGCCUAAGAGGAAGGGGCAGAUUUCCGGAGGCUUAUAGAAUAUUCUAGACUCAUGUAGAUAGAAGUAUACUUGUAUAGAGUAUAGUGGAAUACUCUAGAAUAUUGUAGAGUAGUAUAGAGAUGAAUUGUAGCCGUUAGAUCAAGUAGAUCUAAGCCGUCCAUUGAGGAGGAGUCCAAGUAUAAAUACCCCUCAAGGUUGGCUCAUUUGUAAUCAUCCAACUAUCGAGUAAUCAAGCAUUUGAGAGCAAUAAAGCAU